AUGGCCGGCGGUUAUUUUGAUCUUCCUAUAUCUUCGUCUUCCCGCCGCUCGAGCCUUACUGAUGUAUCUGGAGAAGGGCGAUCUCCUGGGCCGCGCGUAUCUCCUCUGGAGACUUCCAAUGAGGGCUCACCGGAAAGGUCGGUACAAGACCCCAGCGAAGCUCAGGGCAAGCAGCGGAAUGCAGGCAUUCUGAAAAGCGCCAACCGGGUCAAGUUCACAGUUAGCGAGGCGGGAAUGGGCUUGAGCCCGGUCCCAUCCCCCACACCACAGCAGCGAGUGGAUGGAAGGGGCGCGACUCUGCCGCAGAAACCUGUGCCUGCUGCUGGCAUUCCGUCUGCUGAGCGAGGAGCACCCGGUCCCCACUCGUUUCCAUUUUGGGAUAUCAGCUCCAGCUUUCCUGCUGGCAGCCCAGCUCACUCCAGGGAUAGCUCCCCUGGAAUUGCUGCAUCUGAUGAAGUCAGUCAUGAGAAGGGCAGAGCUAUCCACUCGGCGUUCUCUGCGCAGGAGCGAGCCCAGAAAUUGGCCUCUCAUUUGGGGCGUCCCACUAAGUCCCCCAAUCUGAGUCCGUGGCCAAGUCUGCCGUCAUCUGUUGCAUCAACUCCCACCGAGGCGUCACAGCCCGUCGAGGACCGUGAUGAUAUUCCUAUGAUUCGACUAUCUGAGAAACAAUUCGACUUCUUCCCCGACGAAGACGAUGACCACUACGGCUUGGUAGAUGGACAACCACAAAAUCGCUCCUCCGAAGCUCACCAGCUUGUCCAACAGAUGGCUCGCAGAGACUUUAACAUGUUGAACCGUAUUCGUGCUCAUUCCCCCGUCCUACGUUCUGGCCAAGUCACUCCUAUUGAGGAGCGGGACCCCGACACUUACGUCCAGCGCCCUACCCACUACCGUGGGGGGAUACUCUCCUCUCUCCUGAAGCUCUACGAGCAACCGAUACCAAACACCUCCCGCGGCCGGUAUGGCCACUCUCGUCAGAGUAGUUCUGGCGAUAUGAGCGGCCGCGGCAUUUCCCCGGACCCAUCCUGGCGUUUCCCCCAGAAGCCCAGGAAGUGGUAUGAAAAGUCUCCGAACCAGUCCAACACGUCCCUGUCUGGCUCUACGGCAAAGAACUCGAUUGGAUCGCCGUUGGGGAUGCUCAAACGCUCACGUAGUAGCGGGGCCAUCUCUGGGAUGCCUAAACGGAUGGGGAAACCUGGGCUGGAGGAAGAGAUCCGCAUUACCGUCCAUAUUGCCGAGCUACUCUCACGCCAACGAUACCUUAUCAUCCUUUGCAAAGCCCUGAUGAAAUUCGGCGCCCCUACCCACCGGUUGGAGGAAUAUAUGAAAAUGACAGCUCGUGUACUGGAGAUAAAUGCCAACUUCUUGUACCUACCAGGCUGUAUGAUCAUCUCUUUUGACGACGUCUCGACCCACACAACAGAGGUCAAGCUUGUUCGCGUGAACCAAGGGGUUGACCUAGGGAAACUAUCUGACGCACAUGCUAUCUACAAAGAAGUUAUACAUGACGUGAUUGGGGUUGAGGAGGCUAUGCAACGGCUGGGUAAGCUGGUGCAAAAGGACGACAAGUACCCAAUCUGGCUCCUCAUUCUUUUCCACGGCCUAGCCAGUGCGUCCGUUGGACCGUUCGCAUUCGGGGCUCGGCCGAUUGAUAUGCCUAUUGCUUUUCUUCUUGGGUGUCUCUUGGGCGUUCUACAGCUUGUCUUGUCUCCUCGCUCACACCUCUACUCCAACGUCUUUGAGAUAUCUGCUGCUGUCUUGACAUCAUUCCUAGCUCGGGCAUUUGGUAGCAUCCCCUACAAAGAUGGCUAUCUAUUCUGCUUCUCAGCCCUGGCUCAAUCUUCUAUUGCGCUGAUCCUUCCCGGCUACCUUGUACUCUGCGCCAGCCUGGAGCUCCAGUCACGCAGCAUGGUGGCCGGUUCCGUCCGUAUGGUAUAUGCUAUCAUUUACUCUCUCUUCCUCGGCUUUGGGAUCACCAUUGGUACCGCUGUCUAUGGGCUUUUGGACUCGAAUGCCUCUGCCGAGUACGUCUGUCCCACAGGGCCGGUCCACAAUUCAUAUCUCCGGCGUUUCCCCUCCGUCAUCGCCUUCACCUUCUGCCUCGCGGCUGUCAAUCAGGCAAAAUGGAAACAGAUGCCUGUGAUGCUCAUCAUCUCCUUCGCCGGCUACGUGACAAACUUCUUCGCCACGAAACGUUUCUCCUCUAGCAUACAAGUUUCCAGCGCGCUCGGCGCCUUUGUUGUUGGUGUCCUCGCAAAUCUCUACAGUCGUAUUCGCCAUGGAUUGGCCGCCGCAGCGAUGCUACCUGCCAUCUUUGUUCUCGUGCCUUCCGGUCUAGCAGCCAGUGGAUCUUUAGUUUCUGGAAUUGCCACGGCUGGACAAAUGACCACGGGCCAAACCCCCUUCUCUCCUCCCAGCAACGGUACUCGGAGCUUCGUUGAUGCCGCCAUAAACAUGACCUCGAGCGGUAACAACCCAUUCCAGGGUGUCGUAUUCAACAUCGGGUACGGUAUGGUGCAGGUUGCAAUCGGGUUCACGGUUGGGCUGUUCCUUGCUGCCUUGGUUGUUUACCCUCUUGGGAAAAAGCGAAGCGGUCUCUUCAGUUUUUAG